UAAAGUAUUUGGGUUCACUCAUUGGCGUACGAACUACUUUUGUGCUCUGCCACUUUUGUUUGGGAAGAAAAAUUUCCUAUCUCUUCUUUCUUUCUCCUCUGAGAAAUUCCGUAAGGAAAAAAUAAAUGUCUUCUCCAAGUAAACGCCGAGAGAUGGACUUAAUGAAACUGAUGAUGAGUGACUACAAAGUGGAGAUGAUGAAUGAUGGCAUGCAAGAAUUUUAUGUUGAAUUCAACGGACCAAAAGACAGUCCUUACCAUGGUGGUGUGUGGAGGAUAAGGGUAGAGCUCCCAGAUGCUUAUCCUUAUAAAUCUCCAUCAAUUGGAUUUGUGAACAAGAUUUACCACCCAAAUGUUGAUGAAAUGUCUGGCUCAGUUUGUUUGGAUGUCAUCAAUCAAACUUGGAGCCCUAUGUUCGAUCUUGUUAAUGUCUUUGAAGUGUUUCUUCCUCAACUCCUUUUGUAUCCCAAUCCAUCAGACCCAUUGAAUGGAGAAGCUGCUGCUCUUAUGAUGCGUGAUCGUACUGCUUAUGAAGAAAAAGUGAAAGAAUACCGUGAGAAAUAUGCCAAACCUGAAGAUGUUGCAGGAGCAGAAGAAGUGAAGUCAAGUGACGAAGAACUGAGUGAAGAUGAAUAUGCUGCCUCGGAUGAUGAGGAAAUCGCCGGAAAACCAGAUCUUUAGGCACAUAUUAUGCCCUGCAUACUUGCUACGAAAAUCUUGUGUUGUACAUGAUAUUCAGCUCUAGGAAAAUUCGAACACAACAAAACUAGGGAACAUGUGGAAAAAUUCCUACUUACCCCUUUUUGUCAUUACUUUCCAUGGAUGUUAGUGUAAAUUAAUCCACUGUUCAAUAAUUCAAAUAUUUAUCCACUGCUGAGACUUUGAAAA